GUGGAGCAGAGCCACGCCUACUUUAGCAGACACACCCGCUACAUACAGAACAAGAGAAGGACAGGCUAGCUAGCUAGUGUACUAGUACGUGUGUUUAGAGCUCUUACAAUGGACGAGAUGAGUCUGAUGGGUCGACUACUGGAGGCUGUUAACUUUGCAGCUCUCAAACAUCGCGAUCAGAGACGCAAGGACGAGUUCAAGACUCCUUAUAUCAACCAUCCCAUUGGUGUGGCAUAUUCUCUUUGGAAGGAAGGAGGUGUCACUGACAUGGCUGUGUUACAGGCCGCUGUUCUUCAUGAUACUGUAGAAGAUACGGCCACUACAUUUGAUGAGCUGGAGUUGACUUUUGGACCUGAGGUUCGGCAGAUUGUUCAAGAGUGCAGUGAUGACAAAACGCUGCACAAAAUGGAGAGAAAGAGACAACAGAUUAUAAAUGCUCCUCAUAAAAGUAUCAAAGCUCGUCUCGUGUCGUAUGCCGACAAGCUGUACAACCUCCGUGACCUUUGCAUCUCGACCCCUGAGGGAUGGACACAAGAAAGGGUCCAAGAAUACUUUGUAUGGAGUGCCAAGGUGGUUGGUGGGAUGUUGGGGGCCAACAACGAGUUAGAGAGGAGACUGGAACAAGUGCUCAACUCUCGUGGAGUUUCCUUAUAUGGAUUGUCAGAAACUGUCGGAUAAAACAGAUUAUAGCUAGUUGUAGUUGUGCGUGAAAUACUUGUAAUUAUGUAUUAAAGUUGAUUCAGUUA